AUGAGUCCUACCUUCCGAUCCCCCAAAUCGCCUGGGCGUCAAGUACCUCCUGCCCCUCGCUACCCCCGACCUCCAUCUGAUGACGAAGAGGAAGACGACUCCGAUGAAGACGAAUUGGUUCGCCCCGGAUCCUCCGGUAGUGACGCCUCUUCCAAUGUGACCACCGUUUCCGCCGCUCCUAUCACUCCGGUCAAUACGCAACUGCCCCCCGGGAGUUACUUCCCUCCACAACCACGCUCGGCCACUUCACCUCAUCACCCCAUGUCGAACUCAACAGGCCGAAGGCCCUCCGGCCGGGGUCCCUCUGUCGAGCUACCCCGGCACCGAUCACGGCAUCACUCGCAGGGUUUCUUCGAGCCUUCCCUGCCGACCGCCUCCUCCGACCAGGUCCCUACCGUGUCAGCAUCCCGUAUCGCCGCCCAGGCAGCAAUGCAGCAGACAAAAAGGCAACAUAAUGCAAUGACCCCGAUAGAGGACGGCUCUCGUCCCAGGCGCAGUGGAAGCGCCUCACCUCCUCUCAUGCCUGCUCCAUUGCGUCUCAACCAACCCUCCCCCCAACCGCCUCCGCCAUCAGGGAACGUGGCCACGACAGCUGCGAAUGUGGUCUUCCCGCGAGCCGGUGCUCCACCGGUAGAACAACAGCCCGAGAAACAGAAGAAGAAGAAGCUAUUCUCAAAGCCAAAACAUAUUGGAAUCAGCAGUCAUAAAGAUCUGGGCAAAGACCGUGGUCUUCCCUCCCCAAGCAAGAUCAGUGGGUUAUCGCGCAUAGUCAGCGGCUCGACUACAAACUUGAACGACCUGUCCUCGAACAACUCGUCGAUGUACAAUCUUUCCAAUGCCUCUGUGAGCACAGUUGUCCCCGCAGAUCGUCCGCCGCUUCCAGAGAAGGAAAAGGAUAAGGACAAAGACAAGCACAAGCAUCAUUUCCUGUCGAGGCAGAAACUCAAAUUAAAAGAUCGCGUCGAAGACCACUUCAACCUCCCGUUAUCAUCGGCUUCGAGUAAUUCUCGUCCUGCAGACCCCAAUGCCCCACAAUCUUUAUACUCCUUUACACCUGCGUCUCCAGCUCCUGGGGCGACGUUUGGCAAGUCGGUCAGUGGGCUGGAUCUACUGCAUGGCGGUCGAGCACUGCGUGAGAAGAAAAAGGAGGAGAAGGCUCUAGCUGAGUCGGAGCAGAUGGAAUGGCUGGCCAAUAAUGCUGGCGUGCCCACGACACCCGGUGGCUUCCCAGGUCCGUCUUCAGUUGGUAGCUCUGGGACAUUCCCCGAGUCUAUUCUCCGGGAGACCUUGCAAGGAUUUGGGUUGAACAAUAUGACCCCAGAGGAUGCGUGGGACUUCCUUAAGGCGAAGCUGCUGGUCAUCUUCGAUGGUGAAGACGUGCGCAUUGCCAUUGAAGAUCUCAACAAGCUGGUGCUCGUUCAUUUGCAGCGUUGUGUCGUUAAGAGGGCUCCUACGUCUAUUGUGAUGGACCUGCAAGAGCUCCUGGAGACUGGAUUCGCGACUUUGAACCACAGUUCGCUGAUUGGCCUCCCAGAUGAAAAGCUGGUCCCGCAUCUGGUUCAAGUGUGGCUGCUGGUGUUUGGUACGAUUCUGCCCUUCAUCCAGGCUGUGUUUCUCCCCUUAGAUCUCGAGUUUAAGGGCUGUGGAUCAUUGAUGACUAGCCGGGAAGCCGGUGAAUUCUGGGGUGCACUACCUAUUGGUGGGACACUCGAUGUGCGAAGUCUAGUCUUGAUUGCCUUCCGUGACUGCAUGAUCUUGAAUCGCUACGAUGCCCUCAAAGCAACCUUCUCCCGGCUCAGCCUGGACUCCAUCAACUCCGCAUUCCCAACACUCAGCGUCACAGCCAAGAGUACCGGCACUGGAGGCCGCCCUGGCACUGCAGCCUCGCUCGAUGCCGGCUUCGGUAGCUACAACUCGCAGUCAUCCACGCUUCUCAGCACCGUCGCCGACAGUUACCCCUCCGACGGCAUUAGCGCCCUGGCCAACCACCCACGUCCAACCAGCAGUGACUCUCGCAGUCGCGCUACCUCGAACACAUCUUCCAACGCAGAUCCCCUCUUUUUCCAGUCCAUCGCAUCGCCUCCAAGCUCUAACAAUCGGCCCACCGUCAUCCACCGCGGCACCUCCGCCGACACCUCCCACGUCAUCACAGAGACCGUCGGCCGCAUGUUGCAAUGCAUCAGCGUCCUGGCCAGCGUGCAAACAGACGAUCCUGCCCAGGAGCGGAUGGAGAUUCUUAGCAAGGCUCUCAAACACAACUGGCUGGGCCGUGGCCGCACAGGCCGUGAUCGUCGGGGCUUCGUCGGCGCCAAGAUCCGGCCUGUGAUGGUUGGCGGUCCUCCUGUUAUCGAUGAUGCAGAUUCCCUCACUACGGCUGGAAUCAGCAUCGGUGCUAGUACUAGUACAGGGGGAUCCCGGGGCCGAGGUGACUCGUCCUCGUCGGAAUGGAGUUCCAAUGUUCCGGGGCCCGGCAUGAGUGUGCGUAGUGGUAGUAGACGAGAACUGAGUGUUCUCUAG